GCACACGAACAAGAUGGCCGCCUACAUGGUGUCUUCGUCUCUCAGCGCGCGUCAGGGCUACGCGCCCUCCGCGCGCCUCGCCGCGCGCGCGGGCGCCUCGCCCGUCGCCGUUCGCGCUCCUCUCGCCGUCGUCGCGAAGCAGUCCCGCAUCGGCAAGCAGCCCGUGCCGGUCCCCAAGGGCGUCACCUACACCCUCAAGGACAACCACCUCAGCGUGAAGGGUCCCAAGGGCGAGCUCCAAAUGCAGUUCCCCGAAACCAUGGUCUUGACUGAGGGUGAUAACGAGAUCGCAUUCGCCAGGGCUGACGACUCCAGGAGGGCUAGGGAGGGUCACGGUCUCUACAGGACCCUGGCCAACAACAUGAUGGUGGGUGUGUCGACUGGCUUUGAGAAGAAGCUCAAGCUCGUCGGCGUCGGCUACAAGGCGGCGAUGGAGGGCAGCAAGGCCAUCAACCUUUCCCUCGGCUACGCUCACCAGGUCAUCGUCGAGAUCCCCGAGGGCCUCCAGGUGAAGUGCGACAGCAACACGGAGAUCACUGUGUCUGGCUACGACAAGGUUGAGGUUGGGAACUUCGCCGCCAUCCUUCGCUCCAAGCGCAAGCCGGAGCCGUACAAGGGCAAGGGUGUGCGCUACGCUGACGAGGUCGUCAUCAUCAAGGAGGGUAAGAGGAAGUAACGGACGUGAUAUAGCCCUACGUUGUUUAUUCUUUGGCAAGCGCUAAUCCCUUGUAACUCAAUCCUAAGCUAUGGAUAUU